GUGGUCCUUGCCGUUUGGCAGCCGAGUGUGAAGUAUUGCUUGAGGUUGGCCAGAGACUUAUUUUUAAACUGGCUGUAAGGCUCUGAGAAAUUACGUAGUCCUUCCUGAAACCACUAAGAGGAAAAAUGUCUGUGACACUGCAUACAGAUGUAGGUGAUAUUAAAAUUGAAGUCUUCUGUGAGAGGACACCCAAAACAUGUGAGACAAAGUCUUGCUGUGUCCCCCAGGCUGGAGUACAAUGGUGCGAUCUCGGCUCACUGCAACCUCCGCCUCCCGGGUUCAAGCAAUUCUUCUGCCUCAGCCUCCCAAGAACUGGAAGAGGCGGCAGCAGUAUAUGGGGCAAGAAGUUUGAGGAUGAAUACAGUGAAUAUCUUAAGCACAGUGUUAGAGGUGUUGUAUCUAUGGCUAAUAAUGGCCCGAACACCAAUGGAUCUCAGUUCUUCAUCACCUAUGGCAAACAGCCACAUUUGGACAUGAAAUACACCGUAUUUGGGAAGGUAAUAGAUGGUCUGGAAACUCUAGAUGAGUUGGAGAAGUUGCCAGUAAAUGAGAAGACUUAUCGACCUCUUAAUGAUGUACACAUUAAGGACAUAACUAUUCAUGCCAACCCAUUUGCUCAGUAGCUGUAAUAGACCUGGACAAAUAACUUGACAAAUUGCUGGAACACACUUAUUGUGGUUUACCCGGUUUUAAU